CCAGUCUGUCUCCAGCUGAGGUCAAUCUAUUCUCCUAAGCCUCUUUCCAUUCCAUCGACAUUACCUUCGCUCUUGCUCAAAAGCUCCCAAGGUCAUAACAUAAUGGGUGAUUUACCUCGUUCUCAAUCGAUAUCUCCCCCUCCUCCACCACCUCCGCCAAAUCCCGAACCGUGGACGUUUGAAAUUAUUUUCCAAGAGACUUCUGAGGGCCUGCUGGAGCCUCUGCCAUCGAUAGAAGAUAUAGAAAACGCGCCACAUCGCAUCAAGGAUCAGACAUCAAGAUGCACUGCAGUCCUUAGUGACCAUUAUGUGGCCAAAUUUGGAGCGGGCGUUGAACCUCUCGAGGCCGAAAAUAUGCGCUUCGUCCGGAAAAACUCAAAUUUGCAUGUUCCCAAGGUCUUUGCAGUGUACAAGCGGAAUAUCAGGGACGGAGUGGAUGUUACAUAUAUCGUCAUGGAGAGAAUUUACGGGCAAACCCUGCAAAAUAUCUGGGCAGACUUACAAGCGUCUGACAAGUCCAGAAUAGCGGCGCAACUACAAUCGGCAAUGCAGACCAUCCGCGAAUUGCCUGACCCAGGAUAUUUUGGUAGUCUGGACGGGUCCAAGCUUCGCGACACUAUCUUCUGGGCGCCAGAGCCAGUACCUGCUAUCGAUUGUAUUUUCAAAACGGAGGACGAAUUCUUGGAUGGUCUCAUUGAGAAGUACCUCUAUGACAGUGGUGAAAGCGCACAGCAUAGGGUUGACUUUUAUCGAAGGGUCCUUCCGGGAAUCCUCAAAGGGAAUGGGAAACCUGUUUUUACACACGCCGACUUCCAGCGCAAAAACAUCAUGAUUACAGCAGAGAACACCGUGGUCCUUCUGGACUGGGAAUCUUCUGGCUGGUAUCCUUCAUACUGGGAGUAUGCUAUGACAGUCUAUGCUGCUAGAGCAUGGGAUGACGACUGGCAUGUGUAUAUCGCCAAGAUUCUAGAGGAGUUCCCAAACCAUUUUGUAUGGAUGCAGACGCUACAUAUAGAGAUGUGGGGUUUUUAGGUUAUAGUUAAGAAUGCCAAUUGUUUUAACUGCUCUGAGACUUUGGUAUGGGUACCUCGCUUAGGAAGGUCCAGCUUUAUUGGUGUUGAUAUAUAAAAUAUUAAACAGUGGGUAAUAAGUAAGAAAGGAAAAGACAAUUAGCAAAAAG